UGGAUACAGUUGUUCAUAAAGGUGUGGGGCUUCUCUGUCAGGCCAUGCUUUCUACACCUGUCAACUUACAUCUCUGUGAAGCUCUGGUAGAAUUCGGCAUCAACAUAAAUGCCAGUGCAACCACACAAUCCAUUAUAACCCAAGCUGUAGCACAAAAUCAAACAAAAAUAGUGGCACUUUUAGCCAAGCAUUGUAAAACCAUUGAUGCUGUCUCAACCUGCUGCCAAUUAACUACACUUGCACUGACCAAUAAGGAUUAUAAGACUCUUGAGUGGUUAUGUAAACGAGGGGCAGACAUCAACACUCCAUACAUGACCACUUCAGCCCUACAGGAGGCAGUGCAGAAAGGAUGUACGGAGAUGGUGACAUACUUGGUCAGCAACGGUUCAGUUAUUAACAGGGAUUACUAUGAUCACAACACAAAUCUUUUACAUGCCAUCAAAGACAAUGAAACAGACAUUAGAUACAUCCGCUUGAUUCUGGAACAUGGGGCAGAUGUCAAUGUCAGGAUUAACAAAGUCAAAGUUAUCUAUGAGGCUGUAAGAAGGCGUGAUACCAAGAUGGUGAAACACUUAGUAGAAUUAGGAUCAUGGUUCUUGGGAAAAGUAAUCAUCAGAUCAACAGUUUACCAAACAACAAUGAUGAAAAUAAUGGAUCCUGAUCGUAUGUUAGAAAUGGUGCAACUGUUAACUGAAGCAGGAGGCAGAGUGAACGAAAUGUUUAAUAGCACUACACUUCUCCACCUUGCCGUCAGACAAGAUGAUCAAGCUAUGGUUGAGACACUAGUCGGGUUUAAGGAAUACAACAUAGAUUUAUGGGAGGAUAGAGACUGUCAACCUGUCCAGCAGGCGGUCUAUGAGGGAAGACCAAAUUUAGUAAAGUAUCUUGUAAACCAAGGGGCAGAUCCAAACAGCAAAUGUAUUGAUAUGAUUAGGGCAACGCAUGUUGCUGUUGAACAGGGUAACAUAGACAUGCUGCGUUGUUUAGCGAAGCAUGGAGCCGAUGUGAAUGCUGGCAAGAAUGAGGUAACAUGCCUGUUCAUAGCCAUUUCACGAGGGAACUUAGAAAUGGUGAAAUGUCUUGUUAAUCUCGGUGCUGACAUAAAUACAGGAUAUUUGCGGAAUAUAACUCCUAUACAAGAUGCUCUUACAGCACAAGACAUGCCAGAGGUCAAGCGGCCGGAAGUGUUAAAUGUCUUACUUGAUGCAUCACAAAACCAGAUACAGCUUACAGAAACAAGGCCUAACCCAUUGAACAAUGUUAUUUCACUUGAACUUCCAUUAAACACCAGUAUUUACUAUGGGAAAAUAGACGUUGUUGAAUAUCUGAUACAGAGAAGAGGAGAGGACCAAGUUGAUAUCAAUGCUCUCCAGACGUAUAUCCAAAAGUCCAUACACCACAGACAACCAGACAACAACCUGAUACAAGACUGUCACACAGUGGCUUUUAAGGGAGUAGAUGCAGUGCGGAGUGAUGAUGGGGACAUUCUCAGACUCAAUAUAGAAACAGCUGCUGAUCUUGGCUACACAGACAUGAUUCGCCUGCUGAUUGUCACUCAUCAACCGGGAUGUCUUUUAGGAGACCCCCUGGCAUCUUUACCUCUGGCCCAGAAACUAGACUACAGUGUUCUCCAUGAAGCCAUUGCGAGAGAACCAGGCCAAGUCAUAUUAGAAAAGGUUCCAAAUGAUGCUCGACCCAGGGUCCUUUGUCAGAGCAUGGAUACACUCAUACGCACUCCUGGGAUUGGAAGUGUGCUUGAUAUACCAGAACUAGACAUUAAAGACAUGAGCGAGGCUGUGGAGAAAUUCCUAGACUGGGUGCUCAAGAACUAUGGAAAGAUGUUUUUAGGAGCUAAGGUCAGCCAAACCGGAAGUUCAGCUGAGGGGACGAAAGUUGGAUUACCAACAGAAAUGGAUUAUCUGUUCAAGCUGAAUCUGCCGAGGUCGGAAAUACCCAACAUCAUAAACUCUGAGAUAAAAGGAUAUGUUCACUGCAAAUAUGAUGAAACUAACACCAGGAUUGAAAGGAGAGAGCUAUUCAAAAAUGGAAUGAUUGAAAAUGAUGAGAGAAAGGCCUGUUCAUCAACAGAGUUAGCAUGGUAUACCAGUGAGAACAGCAAACUUGUCAUUUCUGUAGAUGCUGUACCCUGUCUGCCUAUUGACGGCUGGCCAAGAGAGGCCAUCAGGGAGACAUGGUUGAUGAACAGUCAGACACUGCAUAGCAAAGGAUACCUUCUCGUUCCCAAACCACCAAACCCGACAUCUCAAAUUGGGCAACAGUGCAGUGAUGAAGAACUGGAAACAUUAUGGCGCAUUUCAGUCUCACACAUAGAGACAGAGCAUAUGCAGAAACUUGAGCCAAGAGUAAGACGGGUUUACUCCACAGCCAAGUGUUUGAGGAAUCCAGAUGUGUGUCGCAUCAUGGUCACCGAUGAGGGUUCAGUACCGAAGAGUGUAGAUCGAUAUAUCACAAGCUAUCUCCUAAAGAUGAUAUUCUUCAGGAAUGUGGAAGAUUUCCGCAAAGCUAAUCAGAGUGUUGGGGAGAUGGUCUGUAAGGUUUAUGAUGACCUAGAUGAAGGCAUGACAAGGGGAUGCAUUCCUGAAUACUUCCAGCCCACAGUGAAUGUGCUAGCUGGAUUGAAGAUGGGUCUUGUCCCAAAGAUUACCCGAGUGGCACGGAUCAUGAAGAGGUUUGUGAGGGCCUUGUACCAGAGAGACUGUAAGGCUGAUCAAGGGUAUGUCACAGAGGGGUCAGAGAGAACAGCAGGACCCCCAAGCAGUGCGGUUUACUGGUCUUAUGAAAUAGCCUGAUCUCAGGGACUAAUACAAGCAGGCUGUUGUCAAAUAUAGCUGCUGACUGGUCCUGUGAAAUGUGCUAGUCUCAUGACCAAUCCUCGCAUAAGAUGACUAUGAUGUCACUUGGUUUCCAUUCAG